GGUUUAUAAGCGGCAGCCCCAUCGCCACGUUAAUCGUCGAUCUUCGAUUCGUCGUCUGCUUCCAGCGUUGUGGCGUGUUCGUCGUAUUCAUUUGCGUCAAAUUGCAUCAUUCGUGCGCUUGAAAAUCACGGCAGUGUUCGAGUUCCCCGAGGCCUGUUUCUUCUUUAUUAUAACAAUGGCCUCGAGCCUAGUGACCACCGGACUUGCGCUCGCCGCUGUCAGUCUCGCGGGGAGAGUCGUCCUUCGAUCGUCGGAAGCGUGGUCCAAGAUUCUGCAGCAAAGCUGGAAGUCACUGCCCACUGCCGAAUCCUUCCUCGGUUCCAAAUACUACAAGGGUGGUUUCGAGGCGAAGAUGAGCAAGCGAGAAGCGGGACUCGUCCUGGGCGUGAGUUCCACUGCCAGUAGGUCUAAGCUGAAGAACGGUCACAAGAAGAUCAUGCUGCUGAACCAUCCCGAUCGCGGUGGAUCGCCGUACCUUGCCGCCAAAAUCAACGAAGCGAGAGACUUACUGGAGGUUGGAAAAGCGAGAUGACUGCAAUCGUGAAUCUUGUCAUAUUUAUGUCGCGUGUCCUCAUCAGUGGCUCGUUCUCGCACACUGUUUGUUAGCUGAUGACUGCUGGCACACUGCCCUUGUAAAAUGAUGCGUCAUCCCGAAAUGCAUGAACUAUGCAACAUCUGGUCACUGUUGCGUCGUGCUGCUGCGAGCAGUGCCAGCUCGGAACGUCGGCAAAUAAAUAUACGGCGUGCAA